UUAUUUAGUUGUCAUAAUUUUACCAAUUUAUAUUAGAUUGUCUUGAGUGGGUUUUAUUCAUAUAAAAUUAAUAAAAUGACUGAAUUUAUUCGAGAUUGUUUAAUACCGAUCUUAGGAAACGAUAUUUCCGACGAUAUUUUAGAAUACAUAACUACAAUAAAGCAACUCGAUGAUUACGAAGAGUUUAUGGAAAAUAUCGUCGAUUUAAAUAAUGCGGAACAUGUUACUGUGUAUGAAGCUUUAAAACAACAUCAAUUUGGGAUUCCUCAUAAAAAGCUGACGAAUAAAAAAGCACUAAAACAAUCCUUAAAAAAUGAUAAUAAGGCGAUUAAUAGUCCUCAACUAUCAACUAGUCAACUCAGCUCAUCUUCAAAUACUCCAUCUUCAGGUGGAAAAGGAAAAAAGAGAUACACCAACUUUUAUACACAUGAUCAUAAACCAGGCUUGCUUAAAGGAAGGCAUCCAUGCGAUUGUCAAGCAACUAAGCAUGAUCUAAUUAAUAAUUGCACUAAAUGUGGGAGGAUUGUUUGUGCUCAAGAAGGAUCUGGACCUUGUUUUUUCUGUGAUAAUAUGGUUUGUACCCGUUAUGAAAUGGAGGUGUUAAAUAAAAAUACGAAAGAAUCAGAUAAACUUUAUAACCAUUUAGUUGAACAGAAAAAAUCGAAAGAAUGGAAAAAAGCUCUUGAAACAAGAAAUAGGUUAUUAAAAACAGAUCAAAUGGGUGAUUCAAUUAAAAAUAAAAUUUUUGAUGACCAAAAUGAUUACUUUGAUUUAAAUUCAAAGUGGUUAUCAGAAGAUGACAAAUCAAAUUUGAGGAAAAAACACGCUUCGAUGCAUUCAAGUAUUCAUAAAAAUAGGCGUGAUAUGAAACUUGCUUUGGAUUUUGCUAGCCGUACCGUUACUUUAGACAAUGAUGAACAUCUUAAAAACAAGAAAAAACUUAUGGUUGGUGUUAAUAAGUUGUUGGAUAGUACUGAAAGAAGGUUUCCCAAGAAUUUAUUUAGUGGGGAGAAAGGAGAAUUGAUCACAGAAAUUUUUAGAUUGAUGGAUGCCCAAUCGUUGAAUGACUCAAGUGAAAGUGAGAAAAAAACUGAGAAAAAUCAACAGAAUGUCACAAAAAGAGUUUAUAGAAUAGCUAAUAAUGAUUUUUUGGAAUCUGUUGAUCAAGGAUUAUGUCUUAGUAUGCAUCAACCUUGGGCUAGUUUAUUAGUUUCAGGUAUUAAAAUUCAUGAAGGUAGAACUUGGAAAACAAACCAUCGUGGACGUUUAUGGAUAGCAGCAGCAUCUAAAGAACCGGAAGAUGAUGAAAUUUUAGCUUGCGAACAAAUGUAUCGUGAUUUAUAUAACGAUCCAAGUUUGGAGUUUCCAAAAAAAUACCCAACCGGUUGUCUUUUGGGUUGCGUUUUUGUUGAUGAUUGUUUAGAACAAGGAGAAUACCAAGAAAAAUUUCCAAAUGGAGAAAGUGGAAGUCCUUACGUUUUCAUUUGUUCCAAUCCGGUUAUUUUGCCUGUAUUUUAUCCAAUGCAAGGUCAACAUAAAAUUUUUUCUUUACCAAAGGAAUUACACAAAACUGCCAAAGCCGCUUUGAUGUCUUCUAAAUGGGUUUAAUUUUGGAUGAAAGAAUGAAACAUUUUUUACAUAAUAUUUUAUUUACCUAAUUCAUUUACAAUCUAAUUCUAGAAUUCAUUCUGGAAAUAUUAUUAAAAAUAAAUAAAUAAUUUAUUUGCUAAAAAAAUUAAUCACAUUAAAAAUAUUGCAAAAGUUUUUUUUUUUGAAAAUAUAAUCAUUGGUACAUUCUAUAUCA